GAUAAAUAAUGACUUUUGUUUAUAUUUCAUCCUAACAUUCCUAACCUCAUAAAGUGAUUAAGAGAAAAGUAUAUGGUAGGCGUUUACUUCUUAUAUCUAAUGAUUCAUUUCUUAACACAAUAAUGACUUCCACGAUCAUACGUGAUUUGCAACAGUAUGUGUUUGAACCAAACGAAGAGAGGUUGAUAUCAUGUUGUCAGGUUAGUAAAUAUCUGAAGAAAAAGAAAUCUUCACUACUGUGCCUUGUCACCACGACGGUACUUCCAUACAAUAUCAGUUUAGUUCAAGUAAAACAAACUGACAAACAGCUAUUCAAGAAAAAACGCACUUGGGCUUUAGCUGAACUCAAAUCCGUUGAUGGGCAUACAGACUCUUAUGAAACAUUGGAAUUUGAUUUAUAUUUGGACAAAGUUUACCGUUGGGUAGCAUCCAGUUCUAAAGAAAGACAUGCUUUUAUUCACAACAUUUGGAAGCAAUCUUCACGUCACAUACUGAAGGAUAAACCAAUGUUCAAAAACAUUCCAAAAGCAUGGAUAACGGAAGAUGCCAUGACUCCUGAUCACAAAUACAUCACCUCACCAUUGCUGACUUUAGAUAAUGAUUUUGCUGAUGAUUUUCAAGCAAUUACUGACAAGGAACAGGAGGACCUCAAGAGAUUAAUGUCAUGUUGUGAAUAUGCCAUUAGCAAUGCAGAAGGUUUUAUGGAAGUUCUAGCAAGGGAUUUAUCUCUUCUAGAUGGAGAGAAUGUUCAAAGUGUACUGGCAUCUGAAGACCAGGUGGAAAAAUUGAUGGAUCAGUUAGAAGAGGCUAUAAAUGAAGCCGAUAGGCUUGAAACACAGCUGACAUCUUAUGAUGAAAUUCUCUGUCACGUCAGAGAUACAAUGGAAAACAUGGAAUUCAAAAACUCCACCAUUUCUAUUGCCAACAAAAACAAUCAGUGGUUGAUGAGAGAACUGGAAAAUGUCGUGACCAAACUGGAUCUCCCCAGUGAAUAUCAGAGAACUCUAGAAGAUGCUGAUUUCACAAGUUCUGAAGGACUAACGAUGGCGAUAAAAGCUGCUAAUGCUCUGAAAGUGGCAAUGAACUCCAAUAUCGACAAAGCAUUAUUACAGAUGUCUGCCGUCCAAGAACAAAGAAAAAAAUUCGACAAACUGAAAGAUAAGUUUUCACGUAGUCUUAGCCGCCAGUUAAAUAACCUCUUUAUUCAUUAUGGGAACCACAAAGGGGAAUCUGACAGAAACGUUGAAGGCCUGAAUUUACCACAACACAGCGGGGUUCAUAAGGAGCUCUGUGCUUACAUGGAGCUCAUUCAUUGGAUAAAGGUUAUGGAUAAAAAAAUGUAUGAGUCACUGAAGGAAGUCUACACAAAUUCAUUGGGUAAAUUGUAUGACAGAGAUUUGAGGGGUUUAUUCAAUGCCGCUAGAGAAAAAAUUGCAGUUUAUACAAAUGUGGCUCCACCUACUACCUUGAUAGGUUUGGAUAGAGACCAGUGGACUCUUGAGACAUGCGCUAAGGAUAGAGAGAGAUAUGAUUCUGUGCUCGAAGAAGUUCUUACUCAAUUGGAGCCUGUAUUUUUACAAGAGCAACAAUUUUGUUAUAAAUUUUUUCAACUUGAUGUGAUAAAUCCAACUACCAAAAAUACCCAGACGACUUUGGAUGGAACUGAAUCAAUAACUGAAGUUGUAUCAGUACGUAAAGCCGAGAAACAAAUCGAUGAAGACGUUAGAAACAUGAUGAGUAACUUAUUUUCGUGCUUGAAAACUGAAUUGGACCUAUUGAUCGACCAUAUCAAGAAACAGGACAAUUUUUACUGCAUGUACGUGUUGGUUCGCUUCAAUCAGCAUGUGAUGUCUGCCCAGAGUUCUUUCCUUAGCAAUACAUUCGCUUCGCAGCUCAUCGAAGUUAAACGUUCCUUGGAUCAGUUCAUGCAGCAACAGAUUGACUCCAUCAAGGAAUGUAGAAUAGCCAGGAAGUCUAAAUGCGGAAUCCUCCCUUACGUCUCCAAUCUGGAGAUUUUCGCAAAGAAUGCCGAUUGUUUGCUUAAGAGUGAUCGACGUGCUGAUUUGGAGAAAUGGUACACGAGAUUAGUAGACACCAUGUUAGAAUAUAUUGCUGUGCAUUCUAUAGAUCACAAGACACCGUCACAGGUUAUUAAAAUGGAGAACUACCACCAUUUAUACUCCCUGCUCUCACAACUAAAAAUAUCUGUCUUGGAUAGCCAACGCAAAGAAGCCAAACAAAAAUACAGCGAUUCUUUACAAGCUUAUGUGACUUUGUACUUUGGAAGACCUCUGGAGAAAUUGAACACGUUUUUUGAAGGCGUACAAGCCAGAGUUGCUAGUGGAGUAAAGGCAUCAGAAGUGAGCUACCAGCUAGCGUUUAGCAAACAAGAAUUGAGAAAAGUUAUUAGCCAGUACCCAGGGAGCACGGUCAAGAAAGGGCUUGAAUCUCUCUACAAAAAAGUGGAGAAACACCUAUCGGAAGAAGAAAAUUUACUUCAAGUUGUUUGGAGGGCAAUGCAGGAAGAAUUCAUCAGGCAAUAUAAAAUGUUGGAGGACUUGAUUCAACAGUGCUAUCCAGGUUCUAUGGUCACAUUGGAAUUCACUAUAGAAGAUAUUCUGCACUUCUUUUCAGACAUUGCCCGAUCACACUAGGUUUUUGUUAUAUGUAAUGUAUCAAGUCAGAUAGUAUUAUGGAUUCAAAAACUUUUACUUUUCAAACUCAGUUCUGCAGAAAAUGUAUUCACCAAAAAAUAUUUAGAAUGAUCAUUGUGAUCCUGGGUAUUAUAAAUAAUAU